UCAGAAAGGUGUAGAUACUUUAUUUGUCCGAGAGAAUAUAAAGAAAAGAGAAUGGGUAUCCAAGAACUCGACCCGUUGGCCCAACUAAGUUUACCACCGGGCUUCCGGUUUUACCCGACGGACGAAGAGUUGAUGGUUGAAUAUCUAUGCAGAAAAGCCGCCGGUCAUGACUUCUCUCUCCAGCUCAUAGCCGAGAUCGAUCUUUAUAAGUUCGACGCGUGGGUCUUACCGAGUAAGGCGUUAUUCGGGGAAAAAGAAUGGUAUUUCUUCAGCCCGAGGGAUAGGAAGUAUCCUAACGGGUCGAGACCUAACCGGGUUGCCGGGUCAGGUUACUGGAAAGCCACCGGUACGGAUAAGGUUAUAUCGACUGCGGGAAGAAGAGUUGGGAUCAAGAAAGCUUUGGUGUUUUAUGUAGGAAAAGCACCAAAAGGCACCAAAACUAAUUGGAUCAUGCAUGAGUACCGUCUCAUCGAACCCUCCCGUAGAUAUGGAAGCACCAAGCUUGAUGAUUGGGUUUUAUGCCGAAUAUACAAGAAGCAAUCAAGCGCACAGAAACAGGUUUAUAGUAAUCCAAUGACAAGUGGAAGAGAAUACAGCAACAAUGAUUCGUCGACGUCAUCUUCCUCUCAUCAAUACAAUGAUGUUCUCGAGUCGUUACAUGAGAUCGAUAACAGAAGUUUGGGAUUUGCGGCCGGUUCAUCAAACGCACCUCCCCACCAUAGUCAUAGACCGAGCUUAAACGAACAGAAAACCGGGUUUCUUAAUUUAGCUAGGGAACCAAGCUUUGACUGGCCAAGCUAUGGUGGGCAUAACUCGGUCCCUGAACUUACACCGAGUCAUAAUGUUCCUCGUCUCCGUUACGGCGACGGUGGUGGUUAUUUUCAAAGUGUCAAGACAAAUGAAGAAGACAAUAAGACGCAGCAACAAGCUGAGGGUUUCAGUGCUGACCCGGUAAACGGAUUCGGGUACUCGGAUCAACAACAUGAUGCUUUCGGGUUUAUUUAAUUGUGUAACGGUGACAUAAGACGAUUUAUUUUUGUGUAUCAGUAUCAGAUUAAUUAAGUAAUAUAAUGUAGAAGAACUGUAAUUAUUUGGGGGGGGGGGGGGGGGGAGGGGGGGGGGGGUGUGGGUGGGGUGUUAGGCGUAGGUUCCGCUUGCAUAUCAUUUGUACUCAAAGAUACAAUUUUCCAACCUUCUGAUUUUUAUAAAACAGAUUACGAUAUUUGAUAAUUGGUCGACAAACAAUAACGAUAACACAAGAAACCGUGAUCGUUUCACUUCUUUUAUGCCAAAAAGUGGUGAUGGAUCGUUUCAUUAUAACUUAUCCAAGCUAUUUCAGCAACAAUAACAUAUUUUAGCGACGACAUCCGGGACACACAAAUUUGGGAGAUAUACGACAAAUCCUUAAUUAAUACUAACACUUAAAAAACUUUCUUCCUAUAAAUUUCAAGCGUUAUUCAUAAACAUAUAUAUAUCCAUGAACUAGUAACUAACAAACGAACAUGUAGAUGGGUAUCUUUCAUCGUUUGUUAUAAACGCCGUCAAAAUAAACAAUAGAUGAUUUGUUAUCUUUCGCUGACGCUAACAAUAGCUAGAGUACAUGACCAAAUUCAUAUCUUCAUCAGUGAUGAUGUCUAGCCUAAACCACUAGUAUAUCUCUUGUACUAGGAAAAAAAAAACUAUUUAUAUGACAUAAAACAAUUUAGCACGAGAUACUUGUGCAUAUAUUUAUGUACAAUGAAAUUUACCAAGAUGCAAUGUUUGAAGUAGUCAUGUACAGCUGUAGCCUGUAGGCCGUAAAGCUUAAAGCUAAUGUUCAAAAUUUGUUAGAUAAACUGUGUAUAUCGAAAUAGAUGUGUACUGUUAAAUGGGAAUAGGAUAGUGAUGGUAUCUUAAAGACCAAUUGAAAAAAAAAGAGACCAAUUGGAGUUUGGAGAUAAGAUCGGUCUGUUUGGAUUCUCCCGAAAUUGCACGUGUGGUUCAACGUGGGCAGCUUCUUUGACCAUCAUGGAAUAAUUUCUUUUCCUAAAAUAGUAACGGUUAACGCCGUACAAGUCUCAAACAAAAAGCAAUGCUUUUACUCGUCUACGCUGAUUUUCUUCUUCUUUUCUUGAAAAACAAAAUCUGGAAUCCCUAGGCGUAAACUAAAUUUAUGCAGAUUUUCUCAUUAUCAUGAUAAUUGAUAACUACAUUUUAUUAAUUUUUCUAAGUAAUCAAGUAAUUUAGUGAAAUAUGAAAAACAAAACCAAUCUACAUACAAAUAUCCAUUCAGUUCAAUUUUAUGGAGUACAUAGACUUUAAUUUUUUUUUUUGGAAAUGGAAAUUUUGAAGUUUUAAAGGGGCAAAAGGAUAAUUUUCUUAAAAGAAAUUGAGGUAUACACAUAUAAAAUUGAGCAAACUAAUUUUCUAAAGAUUGUGUAAUCCACAGAUAUAUAUCAUUUCUCAUUCAAAUGAAGUCGAAAGUAUACACUAGAAGAAAACACAGAACAUUUUGACGAACUUUUCUACGGCAGAGAAAUUCGUCGAAAAUUUCUGACGAAUUUCUGACCGAAUACCGACGAAAUGCAUAUUUUUCCAUUCGUCGGUAUUUCGUCGGAAAUGUCCGAUGAAACUCCGACAAAACAAACGUUGUCGGAAAUUUCGACGCAAUUCCGACCACAAUCCGAGGAAAAAAAAAAUAUGUUACGCAAUCUUUUUAGAUGUUUUGAAUUUUUCGUAUUGGUCGAAAUUUCGUCAGUAUACCGACGAAAUUCCAAUGAAAAUUAUUUAGCCGUUCGGUUUCUACGGAAUUCCGACGAAUCUUGACCGUUAAAACGUUUUGACGGAUUUUUGACGGUAUUCCGUCGAUUAUGUUGACAACUUUCCUUUAUAAAUACAUGCUCUCUCUCAUUCCCCUCAUUCCCCUCAUUCACACUUCAUUCUCUCUUCACUUUCUUUACUACAAAUCCAAAACAAAAAUAAAUCAUGUCUUAUGGAAAUUAUUAUCGUUCUUAGAUGGAUAAACUUCAUUUGGAUCCAAACACCAAGUUGCUUACAGAAGAAUACGCAGAAGGUGUUAGAAAAUUCAUGAGGCUUGUUCAACAACAACCGGAAGCAAAUACCGAUAUGUUAAGAUGUCUCUGCUCUUCCUGCAAUAAUAAUCAGAUUUUAAAGGAAUGGGAUAUUUGGACUCAUUUAUAUAUGAGAGGAUUUACACAGAAUUAUAAGGUUUGGUAUCUUUAUGGGGAAAAUGGUUAUGAAUAUGGUAAUACUAGCGAACCUCAGUCUGUUGAUAGGUUAGAAGAACCAAUAACGGAUGUAGAUUAUGGUGUAUGUACUGAGCAAAUGCUAAAUGAUCAUUAUAGAGGGAAAAAACCCAAUGCAGAAUCGAGGAGAUUUUUUGACAUGUUGAAUGCAGGAAAACAGCCUUUGUAUAAUGGUUGUAGAGAUGGUCAUUCACCCUUAUCAUCCGCAACUUGAUUGAUGGGCAUUAAGACAUUUUAUAAUUUGGUUAAAGAAUAUGUGGAUGCGAUUGCUGAUUUUGUUAAAGGUGUUCUCCCAGAGGAUAAUCUUGCACCGGAUUCAUACUACAAGAUUCAGAAACUUGUAGCGGGCCUUUGUUUACCGUAUCAGGUGAAAAAUGUUUGUAUCGAAAACGGUAUGAUCUACUUGAGAGCGGAUGAGAACAUAGAUAUAUGCAAGUUUUGUGGGAAACCUCGUUAUCAGAAUACGAGGGGAAGAGUUCCAGUGCCAUUCAAAAAGAUGAGGUAUUUGCCUUUGACGGAAAGAUUUAAGAGGUUGUAUCAGUUCGAACGCACAGCCCAACCAAUGAAAUGGCAUGCAGAGCACUCCACAGAUGGUCAAAUUAGACAUCCUUUAGAUGCAAAAGCUUGGAAACAUUUCCAAUCAACAUAUCUAGAAUUUGCCCAAGAGAAAAGAAAUGUUUAUCUUAGAUUAUGUACUGAUGGUUUCAGUCCAUUUAGAAAGCAUGGAAGACAAUAUUUUCUAUUGCCAGUGAUUGUGACACCGUACAACUUAUCACUGAAUUUGUGAAUGUGACGAGAGUUUUUAUUUCUCUCAAUACAUGUCCCUGGGCCAGAGCAUCCUAAGAGAUCAUUAGAUGUGUUUCUUCAGCCACUGAUAUAUGAAUUGCAACAACUAUGGGCACAUGGUGCUGAGACAUACGAUGUUUCGUGCAAAGAAAACAUUCAGAUGCGGACAGUACUUAUGUGGACAAUAAGUGAUUUUCCCGUAUAUGGUAUGUUAUUUGGAUGGACACACAUGGAAGGCUUUCAUGUCCAUACUGUCAAGAUAGCACAUAUGCUUUCCAACUAAAGUACGAAAGGAAAAUGUGUUGGUAUGACUGUCACAGGAGAUUUCUACCACCCGAUCAUCCAUAUCGUAGAAUUAGAACUUUGUUUACGAACAACAAGAAGGUGUUUGACACUCUACCUGAAGAAGUUAGUGGGGAAAGUUUAUAGAAACAGCUAAGUGAUUUUGGUGCAGAAAGGAUGCCAUAUGUAGGUGGACAUGAAAAUAUUCGAGUCGACGCUGUUGGAGAACUACACAAUUGACACAAAAGAGUAUUUUCUGGAGAACUACACAAUCAUCUGUGGACAUGAAAAUAUUCGAGUCGACGCUGUUGGAGAACUACACAAUCAUCUGUUACGACAUAAUUUAGAUGUCGUGCAUAUUGAAAAGAACUUUUUCGACAAUUUGAUGAACACAAUCCUAAACAUCCAAGGUAAAACGAAUGAUAUUUUGAAGUCAAAACUGGAUUUAGUCGAUAUUUGUGCUCGUUCUGAACUUCACGUUGAUGAGAACGGUAUGGCUCCUUUUCCCAUAUACCGACUGGAUGGGAAAUGCAAAUAAAGUGGAGUUCUUUGAUUGAAUUACAAAUAAAGUGGCAUUUACAGACGGUUAUGCUUCAAAUUUGACUAACUGCGUGGAUAAAAGCGAAGGAAAGUUUACUGACUUGAAUAGUAACGAUUGUCAUGUAAUGAUGCAGCACGUCCUUCUGUUUGCUUUUUCAUAAGAUGUUGUUGUGCACUCGUCGAUUUAUCCGAGUUUAUAGAUGAUGUUGUGCACUCGGAGUCGGAGGAUGAGGUUGGAGAAUUUGACGAAGAUUCUAAAGAUUCUACAGAUUCUGAGUUGAUUUGUGUUAUUGGAGUUAUUUUUUAUAAGUUAUUGGAGUUAUAUGUGUUAUUAGAGUUGUUUUUAUAAGUUAUUGGAGUUAUGUGAGUUAUUGGUGUUGUUUUUUUAUAAGUUAUUGGAGUUAUGUGAGUUAUUGGAGUUAUAAAAGUUUUAUGUAAUUUGUAUAAUAUCGAGCUAAACAAAUAUUUUUAGUUAAUCUUCUUAAAAACCAUCUGUUUAUUAUAAAAGUUUUGUCUCAGAGCAAUAUAUUGAUAUUUUGAAACCCUAUACACUCUUUCGUCAAAAUUCUGUAGGAAAAGGACGAUGAAAUGAAAGCUUCAUUGGUAUUUCGGUCGGAAAUUUUCGACGAAACUCGAGACGUCGUCGGAAUUCCAGACGAAAUAUAGUUUUAACUACAAAUAAUUCAUAUAAAAUAUAAAAAUGGAUACAAAAAUACCAACUAACACGUAUUAAGUGUGUAUUAUAAUGUUCACAACGGUUAAAGUUUUUCAAUUUUAAAUACUCUAUAUGUAUAUAUAUCCGCUUAUUCAUAACAUUUUUCAUUAACACUUAUAUACUUAAACAACAAACAUAUUCCAAAAUCUAAUCAUACAUAUUUAAUUUGUAUAAUAUCGAAUUAAAAAAAUAUUUUUUAGUUAAUCUUCUUAAAACCAUCUGUUACUAGAAGAGUUUGGUAUUAAAGCAUUAUAUUUAUGUUUUGAAACCCUAUACACUCUUUCGUCGGAAAUCUGUUGGAAAAAAGCGAGGAAAGGAGAACAACGUCAGUAUUCGGUCGGAAACUUCCGAUGGAUAGUCCGACGAAAUAAUAUUCUUCCUCGUUACGUUGUUUGUACACGUUUCCUAGACUUUCCUACGAAUUACCGACGGCAAUUGACCGACAUAACCUUUUUCAUCAGAAUUCGGUCGGAAAUUUUUACUUUCCGCAAACUAUUUUGCGGAAUUUUAUUUUGUUAACCGCAUAUAAAUAAAUACCGACAGAAUUUCGACGAAAUAUAACCGACAAACACAUAUUCGUCGGAAUUUGGUCGGCUGCGUUUUAAAGACAUAACCCGACACUUCUUCUUCUUCCUCAUUUCCGUGGAUCAACUCAACUCACUUAUCUCCCGGUGAUUCAUCCUUCACCCACCGCGAAUCUCUCUCCCUCCGACAAAUCCCUCUUUCAAAUCCCGUUCCACAACCAUGUAAGUCAUCUAAACCCUCUUUCAAACUCAAUUUUAAUAGUUUUUGAUGUUAGAUUUAGAGGUUUUAUAUAUAAUUGAAUGUGAAUAGUUAGGAUUGAAUGGAUAAUUAUAGCAAUUAACAUGUUAGAUUUUGUGGUUUAUAUGUAGAUUUUAGGUUUUGCAUGUUAGAUUUGUAGAUUUUAGGAAUUGUAUGUAUAUUUUGUGAAAUUUAUGUGUUAAUUAUAUUUUAUAAAACGUUUUAUAUAUAUACUGUUUGAUAUAUUUAUAUAAACUAUUAAAUUUUAAAAAUUAUAAAAAUGACUCUUCAAAUGAUUUAUAGAAUUUGUGGUUUAUAUGUAUAUUUUUGGAAAUUUUUAUGUUUAUUAUAUUUUAUAAAAAGUUUUAAUAGUUUAAUAUAUAAUACUAAAACCGUUUAUUGUAUAUAUAUAUAUAUAUAAUUUAUUAAAAAUUUAUUUUAUACAAGCUUACUAUAAACUAAAUAAAUGAAUAUUCCUUUCUAAUCGUUAUUUUUUCGUAUAAAUGAUCUUCAAAAAUGUUAAUUUUUUCGUAGGUCUGAGGAUGGUGGUAGUAGACCAUUACAUCGUUCUGCAUUCCGAGAUUGGAUUCUUUCGGGGAGUCAUUCCUAGACUUCGGGCUCGUCGCAUGAGCAAAACUCAGUCCCGUUUGUUCUUCCUCCAGUCCCUCCUCCAUUUGUUCCACCGCCUGAUCCCGCUGCUCCAUAUGAUCAUGGUACCAUGCCGGUUGAGCUUCUUGUUCUCCAACCCAGUCGAGAGCAUCUCUGUGUGCUCCAUACGUAUCCACAAGGAUACACAACUUGGUAAAGUUUUCUCUCCUUUUUUUUUAAUUUUUAGUUUAAUUUUUAUUUUAUUUUAUUUUAUUUCUAACAAAAUCUUUGUUUUUUUUUAAAGUUCACAAGUCGAAGAAUGGCAUUAGCAGGUGCAUUAACCAGAUGAUGUAUUCCAUGCUCUGCAAGGGAUAUUCGACCUACAGUGUGAUGCCUAGCGAAGAGUGCCAUUUAUCCGUAACUUUGCGAUAAUUUCUAAAUUCUAAUAUUUUUAUUUUGGGCUUUAAUUUUUUAAUAUAUAUUAUCUUAUUUCAUUUUUUGGUAGCAACAUUUCAAUUGGAAGUCAGGCCUCACGGAAACUGUCCGUCAAGCCUUCCAUGAAAAACGGCAGACACUUAUACGAAGCAAAUAUAUGGGUGGAAGCAGCUAUGGCUCAAGGGGAAGACACCAAAAUACAUCAACCCAACGGUUUGGCUAGAGUUGCGGCAGCAUUGGAUGGACCAGGAGACUAUAGACAAAUCAAUCAAAAACUCAGCCAACCGCAAGAGCGAUCGUGGCGGGAGGUGUUUAUGUCCAUAACCUCGGUGCUUGCAGUAUGUCUUUUAAGGAAGAUGAACUUGUAAGUUCUAUAUAUAUAUAUAUAUAUAUAUAUAUAUAUAUAUAUAUUAUUUUAUUAAUAUUGUACUUAGGUUGAAGCAAAUGCGGGUAAUCCCGUUGAUCAUCUCGAUAACAUGAAAGAGGCGUACACUAACAAGAAGACGGGGGAAAUUCAGAAUCUCAUCAUCAAAGAAGUCAUAGACUUUGUGCAAACCCAAAAAGAAGCAUUACUUGCUUCUCAAUGUAUCUCAGAUGACGAUUCCUCUGCAGCAUCCACGAACAAAACCCAAGCUUGAAUGAACCAAAUGGUGGAACAUGUAAAAUUUAUUUUACCAUUGCAUUACUAUAUUAAGUUUAUUAUUAAUAUAUAUAUAUAUAUAUAUAUAUAUAUAUAUAUAUAUUUAUAGGCGGUUCCGAAGAAGAAAGGCCGUUUGGUUGGUUUGGCUUGGCGUCUCUCUUCUUGUCCUUCCUCUUCACAAGCUCCGUUUGCUCCUCCUGAUCCUAUGAUAAUAGAGCAGCUACAGAACAAAUAUGAUCGGAUUGUGGCACCGGAGACGCCGAACGCCACAAUUCUUACUGAAUUAGCAGGUCAAAAAAAGACAAAGGAGAUAAUGAAAAAGAUGAAGCGUUUGUUUCCUGCUGAAUUUUCUUAGUUUCUUUUUCUAUUUUAAAAACUUUUAAAUGUUAUUUUUAAUUAUGUAAAACUUUUAAAAGUUGUUUUUAAUUAUGUAAAACUUUUUUCUAUAAUAUUUAUUUUAAAUCCAGUUCUUUAGAUUUUUAUUUUAACAAAACAAAGAUUUUAUUAAAUACAAUUUAUAAAAAAAAAAUUAAAUAAAAAAGACCGACGAAACAUAUUUCGUCGGAAAUUUGUCGGAUAUUGCCAACCGAAUUGUGGUCGGAUGUUUCCGAUGGAAUAUUCCGACGAAACUCUGUCGUCAAAAACUUCCGAGAGAUAUAUUUCAUCGGAAAUGUUUUUCGAUGAUCACUGUGGUCGGAAUGUUUCCGACAAAUUUCCGAUGAAGUAUAUACCGACGGAACGAAUCGUCGCUUUUCCGUCGGAAAUAUAGCAGUCAGUUUCUCUCGGAUUUUCAUCGGAAUUUGCCAUGAAUUUUCGACGAACUUUUUUUUUCCGACAAGAUCAUUCCAACGACUUGUUUCGUCGGAAUUCACUUGAUUUUUUUGUAGUGAUAGUUUAUAUUUGUAUGACCGUAUCGAUAUAUUAUGUGAAAAUUACUUUUAAACUGAGUCGUUUAACUCUUCAAAAUCCACCAACUAGUAUACUACCACUGUAUUAGUUAAAAUCGGACAAAAAAAUGAUACACGUUAAAAAAAAAUAUCCUACAUGCCAAUAUUGUUGGACGAAGCUCUACACAACUCAUUGGAAUAGCAAAUUCUAUCGCGAAUACAUGAAAACGAAAGCUUUGAGUAUCUAUACUAUUAAAAGGGAAUCACUCCUAAAAAAUCUACUUAAACAAGAUUGUUGGACCAUUUCAUUAGACUUAACUAUUUAUUUGGUUUUAACUUAUAUUUCUAUAACUAUUUAAAUACUUUACAUAAAUUAAAUGAAUUCAUUUAUUAUUUUCUCAUAAUCUAUUAUAUAAUUGCUCUAACAAUAAAUCCAUAUGAAUAUAUGAUAGAUUAUUCAAAUGUGAUCAUUACCACAUAUAAUUCUAUUAAUAGUAUAAACUUUUAAUGGUUUAGUUAUGUUUAAUAGGUAUAUAAUUUGUGUUUUAAAAUUUUAAGUACUCAUUUGGUCCUUACUUUGGUUUAUAUUUUUUCUAUGCUCGAUUAUUUAUGAAAUUCAGCUUAAUUUUGAGUUUUUUUCUCAGUUUGGUACGGUUCAGUGUACUCGGGUAAAUGUACUCAAACCUAUACAUUAUCUCUUAUAUAAGAAGAAUUUAUUUAAUUUCAAAAAUAAACCCGCGCUUUCUAAGCGCGGGUCAAAAUCUAGUAAUACUUUUUAACCAUUUUGAUUAGAAACGAGUUGUGGUCCAAAUUCAAGAAUUUUGUACGCUAAGAAUUUUGUGGUUGACAAAAAAAAAAAGCUAUUGAUUCGUUUGACCAUGUCACAUGUUAGGCACAACCAACUGAAACAUCCUUAGAUCUCCAAAUUUUUAAAAGCUACUAGUAUAUAAGAAAAUAGAACUUUAAUCAGUUAAAAAAAUAUUCAGUUCAUACUAUAUUCUAUAUUCUGUAUGGUCCUCGAAAUUUGGUCAGGCCAUGUUUACUACUUAUUAUAACCAUAUCUGAUCUAUUAAUUUAUGGACUUAUUUGCCAAAUAACCCAAAAAAAUUAAAAAUUAGAUUUUGAGAGAGAGAGUAGAGAAAGAUAAGAAGAGAAAGUAGGAGAGAGAGGGGAAUUUUGUUUAGUUAGUGUAUUUAAGUUUUUUUCAUGUGUAUAGGGUGCAAUUUCCCUUAAUUUAUGAUCAUAUUCUUAUCUACUUACAAAUAGUUUGGUUCAUUACAUUUAACUAUCUUCCUAUUAUUUCCAUUUAUACCUAACUUAAUUAUUAUUAAAUAACCUAAAAUUAAGGAACUAAAUAACUAAUCUAUUUUUUAAUAAUGAAUUCAAUUUAUGUUAACACUACUUUUAAGCAAAUAAUCAAUUAUAUUAUAUUUAUUAAUAUAAAAUAAUUAUAUAUGCUUACUUAUUCAUAUAUACAAUUGUACUUUAAUUCAAAUGCAAAAAAAAAAAAAAUUCCCUAAAACCCUCACCAAAUACAUAAUAAUAUAAUUUUUAUACAUAAAGUUUUAAAAUUAGAUAUGUUGGAACAUGUUAUCAUUGAUAUAUUUUACGAGUAGUUUUACGGGUAAUUCCAACACAUAUAAAAUAUUUAUCAAAUAUAAAUAUAAUUGAACAAAACAUAAAACAUAGUUAAAGUUAUGCUUGAGCGCAGUUACCCGUUGCGAUAUGGAUUGGGUUUUUGGAAUUUUGAUUCUAAUUUAUUUCAUAUCUUAGGUCUCAUUCUGUUAAAUUUGUAAGUACAAAACAAGUUCGGAUAUAACACAUAGGUUUUACUUCUAAAUUGUAUCUCAUCUAAAAUCCAUAAAGUAACAAUAUAUUGUUCCGAUUUAGGUUUUAUGGAUUAGGAUAUAUCUGAAGUUAAAACCAAAACUGAAAAGCAAGACUUAAGAAAUAGGAUUGGAUAUUUAAGGUACUAAUUGAAGAUUUAAAUACAUAUUUUUAUAUAUAAUUUCUAAAUAAAUAUAGAAUUGAAUAUUUGAAGUACAUAUUUAUGUUUCAUAUAUUUCUAUUUGCGAUUGCUUUAGAAUUUUGGUCGGUUUUUGGAUUUUUUUUUGGGAUUUUUUUUGUUUUUCGGGUUUUCCGUUCGGGUUCGGCUAAUAAUAUUUUGGCUCCGGAUAAUUAAUGUACCACACUAUAAAACAUAUUAUGGGAUUUCUUAUAUUUCAGAUUGGGUACUGAUAAUGUUUUUUUGGUUAGACUUUGGGUUACAAAUUUUAUGUCUAGACCUAUUUUAAAUGAAGAGAAAAUGAGAUUAUAUAAAAAAUUUACCAGAAAUUUUAGUGCAGAUAAAAAUCUAGUUUAUUUAAUUAAACAAAAACAUUGGUUUUGUAUUUAUAUACGUAUUGGGCCAAGACCCGAAACUGGGACUAGUUAGACUUAUAUAUUUUACAUUAAUAAGUAAUGUCCUAUAUUGGGCCUGUGAAUUGGAUUUCAACAAACGCAAUUUCUCUUAUUUUUGUUCAAGAACAAAAAAUAUUUUCAUCGGGAAUAUAAUCUUUGCAAUAUGUGGCAGUGAUACUUGAGAGAUUAGACUAUUUUGUUUGUCAACUUGUAUUUUAAAUAGAUGAAACGUCCAUCUUUUUUCUCAUCAAUAAUAAUAACUUUAAAGAGUGAUAAAUCUAAAAGCUAAAAAGGUUAAAAGAGAUGAGAUGAUAAGAUUAUUUGAGAUGCCUCCAUGAUUUUUGAGUUCACUAGUGAUUUUAUGUAUUUUCUACACGAACAUCUAUAUUUUUGGUACAUCGGUUUAUAUAAUUGUAAUAUAAGCAUAUAUGUAAGUAAAAAAUAAUAUGCUCAUAUACUUAAUGAAAUUAAUCUAGUAUAUAUGGAAUAUGUACAUAUAUGAUUUUGAAGAAAAAAUCAACUAUGUAUAUGGUAUUAAAAGCAUAUAUGAUUUUUUCUAAGUACAUAAAUGUUUUAACAGUGAAGAAAAAAUCUUAUACUCCCUCCGUUUCUUAAUGAUAGAUGUUUUGAUGUUUACACACAUAUUAAGAAAACACAUUAAUCAUGCAUCAUUUUUUUAAUUAUCAAAUUUUAAUGUGUUUUAACCAAUAGUCUUUCAAUAAAUCUAAUUAAUUUUAUUAAAAUUUGUAAUUUUUGUAUAGAAAACAUAAAAAUUUAUUUUUUUGAAACAAUUUUUUUUAAAAACUUUUAUCUUAAUAAAACGGAAGGAGUAAUAUUUAACAAUGGAAUUUGAGAUAAAAUACAUAAAUUUAUACAACUUUUUGUUGUAGUUUGUUCCACCGUUGCUUGUAUGACCUUUCAGUGGGUUAAGAAGUUCACUUAUCAUAUUUAACAAAGCAGACAAUCGAGGAGGUCUUUAAUCAAUUUCCAUAUCAGGCUUAAAAACAAAAACUAGAAAGAAAAAAUAAAGUAAAAUUUCAUGACAAGCAAGUCUUAAUCUACUUGAUUGAUUUUUUCAUCAAGCAUAAUUAAUCAUGGCCAUUAACCUGAACCCUAUCUCCAACGAAUAUUUAUGUAUGAUUUACGUCAAGUUGUAUGUAUUAAACAUAAUUCUAUUAUGAGAAGAUAUAUGUACAAAAACCUCACAUGUGAAAUACAGUAAUAUAAAAUCGUAUCAGUAAGAACUUAGCUAAUAAUUUUGUUUACAUAUGUCAAACAAUAAAAACUAGACUGUUUUGAAAUUUGUGUUAAAAUUUUAAUUGAAUUGGUCAUGCUUAUAUUACUUGUAUGUAAUACAACAUCGUGUUACAUAUUUUUUUUUCUUUUGCAUUUUCAUCUUUUAUACAAAGACACAUGAGAUCGUUUAAGCUAUAUAUACAUAUUUAUUACUUUUAAAAUAUCAAUUACAAAUAUUUUUUUAACAAAUCAUGAAUCACUCAGUGAUCACUACAUCAAUAGAACGUAUGGUGCGUGUGGUGUUGGAUGAUAUAAAGAACUUAAAUCUCUCAUAUUUGAGAUUCCGAAGCAAGUGUUUCUCAUUACUCAAAUAAUUAUAUAAAUUAUUUUCUAUUUUUAGAUCUUGUCAUUAUUGAAAUUUAAUAUAAUUUAUCAUUGUGAAUAUGCAAGUAAAUAAAAGAGAAAAUUUCAAACAUUAAAACAAACCGUUAGACAAAUAUUAUUUUAUAGAUUUUUUUCUACGAUUCUGUAAAUGGAUAACUAUAAAAUUCUAUACAUCUGUAAAGAUCUUGUAUAUGAUUUUGAACUGUUUUCGACUAAGAUAUCAAAUAUUCUAAAUACAUAUAAUUUUUAUUUAUAUUGAGUAAAAGUAUAAACCAAUUAAUUGCAGUUAAUCAUGGACACACAUACAAGAGAAUGCAUCUAAAAAUAAUAAUUAAAAAGGGUCAUGCAAAAUGAGCACUUGCAAAUCCGUUUUGUAUUUUAUAAAUAUAAAACAAAAGACAAUUGUAGUUUUUCUUGGUGUCAUAGGAGUCAUGUGUUCUCUCUAAUACAAUUCUUAACUAAUUAAUAUGAAUAACGAGUGUAUAUAUAUAUAAUAUAAAUUCAGAUAAACUAUUUUGUAAGAUGAACAAAUUACAAAAUCUAACAACAACUACAUCUCAUAGGCUAGAAUAUUAUAUUAUGUAUGACAUUGUGUUGGCUGGCUCGGUUAUGAUGAUAUCAAGACAUCACAUAUGGACUGUUGUAAUCACAAGACAAAACUACAUCUCGUAGGCUAGAAUAUUAUAUUAAUGAUCGUGAAACAAAUAUAAGACAUAUGUAAUUUCAAUACCAAACUGCAUAUAUGUUUUUUGAAAAAGUUUUUUUCUUCGAAAAAGGCAAACUGCAUAUAUGUUUAAUAUAGUAAGUGAAACUACUGGCAAACGGCCAGCUAAGACGCGUGAAAUCAAAUAUCAAAAUGAUUUUUAGCUAGGUAAAAUAAUGUCAAAAUGUUUGAUAAUCUUCCUAUGUUUUGGCUUACAAAUGACCGUGGUUUUUUUUUUUUGGUCAAACAAUAAUUUCAUUACUUAAAAGAGGAUAGUUUAUCCUUCAACACAAGGAGAAACCUCAGCCAUAACGAGAGCUAACUUUGCCACACAGUCGGUAUCAGUGUUUUGCAAACGAAGAACAAAGAGAAACACAAUAAAGUCAAGUACAUAACUAAAAUAAGAAAUAUCAAACAACAUCCCAAAUAGGGCUGGUCUUGAAGUCUUGGUUUUCAACAUGCAGAUGAGGACUUUUGAGUCAUAUAGCACCGUGAGAGAUCGAAGGUUUGACGAGGCAGCCUUCAUGACUGCGGAACAUACCGCAAUGGCUUCCUCCAUUAACGCUGAGGAGAUAGAGCGUUGAUGGAAGCUGAUGUCCAGGGGAGGCGGAGAGACGUUCUUGAAAAUGCUCGCCACCCCAAAGGUACCUGUGGUAUGAUUCCAAGCCGCAUCGACGAAACAGAGUGCUCCCGAUAGAGCUCGAAUCUGGGGAGUGAACAAGUGUGAGGGGUGUGUAGGUCGUACGUGUGGUACGUGCUCGUUGGUUUGAGCUGCUUGUCACCCCUUUGCGUCUGUGAUUGAUUUGAUCACCACAUCUUGAGCUGAGAAAGAUCUGUCAUCAAAGCAUAAUUUGUUACGGGAUUUCCAGAGAUUCCAUAGCAGCCAAGGCCAUAGCGGCACAAAAAGACCCACAGAGGGUAAAGUAAUCAUCCUCGUAUUGAGGAUGAGGAGUUGAGCAAUCAAAGGAACUGUAGCCUCUGGUUGCCAAGUUAACGGACUGCGCUCCCACACUUCAAGCGCAAACGGGCAUGUCAUGAGUACAUGAAUAUCAUCUUCGAUUCCUCCACACCGUUUACACGCAAAGGGGGGAACGCCAUGGCUGGCCAAGUUAGAGCUGACUGAGAUUGCUUUCUUUAUAACUUUUCAGAGAAAGUCAUUGAUCUUCGGGGACGUUUGGAGGUUACAUAUGUGCUUUAGACAGUCGAAAGUUGCCGGUAGCUGGGUAGGUCUAGGCUCAGUGUAGCAUGCUAGCUCGUAACCUGUUUUGGUUGUAUACUCUCCUGUAACAUCUGGAAGCCAAACGAGAGAGUCAGCCACAUGGGGCGAGCUAGUGAUAAGCUUUUGGAUAAUUCCCUCAUACUGAGGUAGGUGAGCUUGGAUGCAGCCAGAGUCCCAUGUAUUCGAGAUGGGGCAUAGCAGGUCACAGACCUUAAGCGUGGUGGCGUUUUGGGUAGGAGGGCCGACGGGGACCUCCGGUGUGAGACAUGAGAGCCAUGGGUCCUGACACACUUUAAUACUCUCCCCUUUUCUCACAACCCAAGUCAGUCCCUUUUUUAGAAGGUCUCGACCGAUAAGGAUGCUACGCCAUCCAUGUGAUGCCACCGAAGGAAGUUCGCAGUCGAGGGAGCAUGAGUUUUUUUGCGUACUUUCCUAAGAGGACCUAGGCAACUAGUGAGUUCGGUUCUCUUAUAAGCCUCCACCCAAUCUUAGCUAGUAGGGCGUCAUUAAAGUUCUCGAUGACUCUAAAACCUAAUCCGCCAGCAUACUUCGGUUUUGUUAGAGUUGACCAAGCAUCCCAACACAUUUUUCUUUUCUCCGGGUUAGCAUCCCACCAGAAUCGAGUUUGAAGGGAGGCCUAGAGUUUGAAGCACAACAUAGCAUAGUUCGGCAUGGCUGCCAAGACUGCCGUGAGGAGCACUUGCUUUCCAGCUCCAGAGAGAAAGCGUGUCGUCCAAAUAUUAAUUUUCUGUCUGAUCAUGUCCAGUAUUGACGCAAAGACAUCUCUUUUCUUCAGACCGAAUAACUCGGGAAGGCCAAGGUAUUUUCCUAAAUCCCCUUCAGUGUCGAUGUGCAGUUCUGUUUUGACUCGAGAUUUAACCUCCGAAGGAGUUCGAGCCGAGAAAGUCACUGAUGAUUUCUGGAAGUUCACUAGCUGGCCGGAAACUGCUUCAUAGGUCUUGAGGAUUUGCGUCAGCGUCGCCACAGUCGUAACACUUGAUCUACAGAAGAACAUCGUGUCAUCCGUAAACAAUAGCUGGUUGAUAUGAGGACACCUAGUUUGGUUUAGAUAUUUGUGUAGAUGGCAAAAAAAUAUUAAUGUAUCACAUAAUGAAAGCUAUGGUUACAAAAGUUCACAUAUUGGAUCGUUUGAAAGUAGGUCGUUUUUUCUGCAUAAAAAUUUUCUUAAUGAGGAAAAUUUGAAAUACAGUAUAAAGUUUGAAGUUAGGUUUACCAUUAUUAGAUACCAAAUACCUUGUACCCGAGUGAAAUUUACCAACCUACAUAUAUUAUUGUUAAAUAAUAUGCAUCGUUUGUUCGAAUCUCCCUAGCAUCUCACUUAUUAUAAGGGUCUAUAUUAACUUGGGCCUUGGAGAGAUUAAUUAUAAGGUUGAAAUAAUUGAUAAAAAAAAUUGUCUAGAUUCGUAAGUUUCCAACUCAGAUUUAAUUUCUAGAUACAAUAUCCUGUUGUCAUUUAUAUAUUAAGUGUUGGUACUUUCUUACAUCUACAUUCAAAAUGGAUUUAUAUUUUUGAUUGAUAACUACAUCUUAUAUCACAGUCUUAUUUUUUUUUAUCAACUAUAUCACAGUCUUAUAUCACAGUCUUAUACUAUCGUAGAUUUCAAAUUCAAAAUUAACUAAUACUAAACUAAUUUUUCUGUGUAUUAUAAAUUAAUUUAGAUCUUCUCUUAUUAGAUGAAAAAUAUUUGAUUCAGAUUAAAUAUUUUUAUAACUAUGGGUUCGAGAUGUGCCAAAUUAUCGGGAUCAGUUGGUAUUUGUGUGGUUGUGUUGAGAUUGUGAAAGUUAGAAAAGAAAAAUUAGUGUGCAACCAUGUAAAGCACUAGAAAUCUCUGUGAAUGCAAAUAGGAUGUCUCUUGACUAUCGAACUGAUGGAUGUGACUAUGAAAUGAUGUAAUUCAAUUGACUAAUUAGAGGCAAGCAUUCAUUUGAGUUGGUACAACGUGUGUAAAAUAUGGUCCACAUUUCUCGUUUCUUUAUUAUUUUAUUUUUUUGAAACUGUUGUUUCUUUAUUUUUUUUCCCUUUUUCGAAAACGAAGUGCUCCAAAACGAAAAUGUCUGAGAGACAAUUUGUAUGAGUAUAUAAUAAAUCAAUACCACCAAAAUUUAAUGUUAUUGUUUAAUUAUUUGUAACUAUAAAAACAAUUUAAAAUGUAUCAAGUAUAAACUUUUAGCAAAAAAAAAUUAAAACUAAAAAUAGAUCUUUUUUAGCAAAAAAAAUUUUAAAAAUAUUUACAUGAACAUGUGGAUAAUAAAUAGGAAUAGUAAUAUUUUGUUCAUUUUAUAACUAGGUGUUUUGUCCGCAUUUGCGGACAUAAUAUUUUUUAAGAAAAUUAUAAAUAGAUAUAUUAACAAUUCAAAAACCAUUAUAAUAAAUUAUUUAUAUGCUUUUGAAAAUUUUAAUAAUUAACUAAAUAUUAAUUUAAUUAUACAAUAACUUUUUAUAUUUUAAUAAAAUAUAUUUUAUUACAUAAAAUAAAUUUGAAAACAUUCAUAUAUACAUAAAAUUAUAUACAUAGAAUUAUAUUUAUUUUAAAAAUAUUAUGAUGUAAAAUAUUUUUGAUAAGAUAAUAAUAUAGAAUCCUUUUAGAUAAUCUUAUAGAUAAUGUUGAGAGUCAAAUUAAUAAUAAUUAAAAACAAUUAUGGGUAAUUAUAUAUUAACAAAUAUAAUAUAAUUAUUUAUUAAAAACAAUUAUGGGUAAAGACUUAAACAUUCUAAAUUUUAAUGUGAGUGUGAAAAAACUUUUUCGAAAAUAAUAGUAUAAACAAUUUUGAAUUCUUUGCCAACAUUUUCAGAAAUUAUCACAAUGAGUGAUUUUGAUUGUCUUAAGAAAUUUAUCUUGAAAAAUAGAUGAUUCCUUCUAUCUUAAGUGAUUGAUAUAUAUAUAUAUAUAUAUAUAUAUAUAUAUAUAUUAAAAUUUAAUCGGUUUAAUAUUACUAAACCAAAUACAAUAUAAACAUAUAUGUAGUAUUUAAUAUUACUAAAGUAAGUGUAAUAUAAGUUUACCUAUGAUAUUAUAUUUAGAAUAUUUUAAUUAAUUAUUCUCAAGAUAAUGAUAAAUUAUCUGCUAAAUCACUAAAUUAUUUAUUAAUAUUAAUAAUAUUUUAAUAUUAAUAAUUAAAUAUAAAAUAUGACUAAACCUAAAAUUAAUCAAAUUCAAUUUUCAAAUAAUAAUAUAGAUAUGAGAAUAUAUAUUACGAAUAUAUAUAGUACUCUGACGGAUUCUUUUCAGAAUUUGUUUUCUUUUUGGUCAAACCUAACGUCACCUUAUAAUUGAACUUGUCAAUAUAAAUAAGAAUUACAUUAAAUUCAGUUGAUAUAUGUCAAUUAGAACAUAAAGGAACAUACAGAGAUGCAGAUCACCCGGUUUGGUUUACAGAAUCAGUAUGAGUCUGUAUUGUUGAUGACAAAAAAAAAAAGAAUAUAAAAGAAAGGUAAACUAGAACAUUCAUCUUUUUUUUACGUUUAAUCUCAUUCAUUUCAAUAUAGAGUCCAUGACCAAAAUGGUCGUACAUAGAUGCAUAAACCAAGUACUGCAAACAUACACCAGUACAAAGAAGGAAAAACAGUAGCUAAUAAAGACAUAUCGAUGCCAGUAGGCACCAAAGUAAUAAACCUGAUACCAGUAGGCACCAAAGUAAUAAACCUUGAACCGUCAAGGUAUAAAAACCAGCUGAAAU